GUACAUAUGUUCUGACAACUGCCCUGCUGCCUCUCCUGGAAAAAGAAGCUGAUGCCAGAGUGAUAACUGUCUCUUCUGGGGGCAUGCUAGUUCAAAAAUUAAACAUAUCUGACUUGCAGUCGGGAAAUGGGACAUUUGAUGGAACUAUGGUGUAUGCACAAAACAAGAGACAGCAAGUUGUCUUGACAGAACAAUGGGCAAAAGCUCACAGGAACAUCCAUUUCUCUGUUAUGCACCCCGGCUGGGCAGACACUCCAGCUGUGAGAUCGUCAAUGCCAGAUUUCUAUCAAAAGAUGAAGAAUACUCUGCGCACAGAGGCCCAGGGAGCCGAUACUGUUGUAUGGUUGGCGGUAUCACCUGAAGCAACAAAAUUACCGAGCGGCUUGUUCUUCCAAGACAGGCAACCAGUCCCAACGCACUUACCCCUGGCAAGCACCCACAGUCCACCAGAGGAUGAGGAGAAGCUAAUGGAGGUGCUGGAAGAGUUCUCCCAGAAGUUUAAAUCCACUUCUCCAGCAACUUAG